UUUCUUCUGUUGGGGUAGCCGGUCUAUUCCGACUCCGACCAUAUAUUCUUUUCCAUAUUCCGAUUGCCGGAACCUAUAUUUCAGCGACUUCAUAAUAUUUCUAGUUACUAUUUUCUAUUUCCAGUGGCACACCCAGUGGGACUGUUCCACCAACCGCUUCUUGGGGUUUUCAAGUCAAAUUCCCAAGAUGUCUUUCGAGCAUGAUAUUUUUGGCUCCAAAAAUACUGAAAUUGGAAUUUCAAUCCCUAUGAUCACUUCCGAACCUUUAAUGGACAGUUCAAAUUAUUUAACCUGGGCUUCCUCGGUUGAGUUGUGGGGCAAAGGUCAAAGUGUCCAAGAUCACUUAACGAACAAGGCUAGAGUGGUAGAUGAAAAUGGAAAAUCUAGCGCGGAAGAUGCGAAAGCUAAAGAACAAUGGGAGAAAGUUGACGCUCAAUUAUGCAGUCUCUUAUGGCGAUCUAUUGAUUCUAAGUUGAUGCCCUUGUUUCGUCCAUUCCAGACGCGUUAUUUAGUUUGAAAAAAGGCUCGUGCUUUGUACACUAAUGACAUAUCUCGUUUUUAUGAUGUGAUAUCUCGCAUUACCAACUUGAAGAAACAAGAAUCCGAUUUGUCUACUUAUUUGGAACAAGUACAAGCAGUCAUGAAAGAAUUUGAUGCAUUGAUGCCCGUCAUUGCGGAUGUGGAAAAACAGCAAGAGCACAGACAAAUGUUGUUUUUAGUUCUUACACUUGCUAGACUUUCUACUGAUCAUGAUGCUGUACGUGAUCAGAUUUUAGCUAGUCCUACAGUUCCUACAAUUGAUGAGUUAUUCUCUCGUCUGCUUCGUCUUGCCGCACCUCCCAGUCACAGAGUAGUUUCAUCGCCCACUGUUGACUCAUCUAUUCUUACAUCUCAACCCAUAGAAAAAAGAACAUAUCAGCCUAUGGAAAAUCGACGAGAAGGUCGUUCUGGAAAAUCUCGAUCGAGGUGUAGUUAUUGUCAUAAAGUCGGACACACUCAGGAUAUAUGCCAUAGUUUGCAUGGUCCACCACCCAGUUAUGAUCCUAUUGCUGUAAAAGAAUAUAAUGAGUUCCUUCAGUAUCUCCACAGCCUAAUCGACCAUCCAAUAAUGCUCAUAUUGCCCAAACAAAAUAUGAUGAGUUCCUUCAGUAUCGAGAAAGUAAGCAGACAUCUCCACAAGUAGCCUCGGUUGCCCAGCCUGAUGCUUCUGUUGUUGGUAAUCCUUUUGCUUGUGUUUCACAGUCUAGUACUCUUGAAUCAUGGGUUGUGGACUCAAGUGCUUCUGAUCAUAUUUCUGGUAACAAAUCACUUUUUGCUGAUAUUGUUUAUUCACAAUCUCUUCCUGCUAUUACUUUAGUCAAUGGGAUCCGAACACAACCAAAAGGAGUUGGACAAGCCAAACCCCUAUCUUCUUUAUGUCCCUGGUUAUCCUUUUAAUCUUGCAUCUGUUAGUCGUUUGACACGUGCCCUUCAUUGUAGCAUAACUUUUUUUUAUGACUAUUUUCUAAUGCAGGACCGUAGUACGAGACAGACGAUUGGCGCAAGACAUGAAUCACAAGGCCUUUACCAUCUUACUCUUCAAAUUCCUUCCCAGCAUGCUCCGUUACAAACCCUCCAGGCCUAAUUCACAAAUGAUUGGGACAUUCGAGUCUAUCCAAGCUCCAAAAAAUGGUGCCUAGUUUGUCUAGUUUAUCCACAUUAGAUUGUGAGUCAUGUCAACUUGGGAAACACACCCGUGCUAGUUUCUCACUUAGUAUUGAGAGUCAUUCAGAGUCUAUUUUCUCAUUAGUUCAUUCUGAUGUUUGGGGUCCUAGUAGAGUCGGUCACCUUUAGGUUAUCGUUAUUUUGUUAGUUUCAUUGAUGAUUUUUCAAGAUGUACUUCGGUUUUCUUAAUGAAAGAUCGUUUUGAGUUAUUUUCUAUAUUCAAAAGUUUUUGUACUAAAAUACAAACUCAAUUUGGCGCUUCUAUUCGUACUUUUCGUAGUGAUAAUGCCUUAGAAUACUUAUCCUCUCAGUUUCAGGAGUUUAUGACCCAUCAUGGAAUUAUUCACCAAACAUCUUGUUCGUACACCCCUCAGCAGAAUGGUAUAGCAGAAAGAAAAAAUAGGCAUCUUCUUGAGACUGCUCGCACUCUUCUCAUUGAAUCCCAUGUUCCGUUGCAUUUUUUAGGCGAUGCAGUCCUCACAUCUUGUUAUCUAAUUAAUAGAAUGUCAUCAUCUUCCAUUCAGAAUAAGGUUCCCCAUUCUAUAUUGUUUCCACAGUUACAUCUCAACUCUAUCCCCCUCGUGUCUUUGGGAGCACAUGUUUUGUUCAUAACUUAGCCCCUAGAAAAGAUAAAUUAGCUCCUCGUGCUCUCAAGUGUGUGUUGCUUGGUUACUCUCGAGUUCAAAAAGGGUAUCGUUGUUAUUCACCGAAUCUUCGUCGCUACUUUAUGUCCGCCGAUGUCACUUUUUUUGAAUCUCGACCUUACUAUAUAUCUUCUGAUCAUCCUGAUAUCUCUGAGAUUUUACCCGUACCUCCAGUCUUAACCGCACCAUCCUUGGUCUUACCUAUAUCUCUAAACUUACCCGAACCGAAGAAUCAACGAUUACUUCUACGUCUCCAGCUGCAGUGCCACCACUUCUGACAUAUCAUCGUCGUCCGCGUCCACCAUUAGUCCCAAAUGAUUCAUGUCAUGCGUCUAAUGCUGCUCCUACUGCGGACUUGACUUCUCCUAGCCAAUCAAUUGCACUUCAAAAAGGUAUGUGUUCCAACUGUAAUGCUAACCCACACCCACAUUAUACUUGCUUGAGUUAUCAUCACCCCAUUAUGCUUUUGUAUCAUCUUUGUCCUCUAUUUUCAUCCCUAAGACUAUAGGUAAAGCACUUUCUCAUUCAGGGUGGAAGCAGGUUAUGAUAGAUGAGAUGUCUAUAACAUGCGAGUGGUACUUGGGAGCUUGUUCCCCUUCCUACAGAUAAAUCUAUUGUUGGUUACCAUUGGGUUUAUGCAGUCAAAGUUGAUCUAGACGGUCAGGGUGAUCGACUUAAGACACGCCUUGUUGUCAAAGGAUACACGUAAAUAUUUGGGCUUGAUUAUAGUUACAUUUUCUCUCCAGUGGCUAAAAUAGCAUUUGUCCGUCUUUUCCUAUCCAUUGUUGCCGUUCAUCAUUGGCCUCUUUAUCAGUUGGCUAUUAAGAAUGCUUUUUUGCAUGGUGACCUUGAGGAAGAAGUCUAUAUGGGAGCAACCACCUGGUUUUGUUGCUCAGGGAGAGUCUAGUAACCUUGUAUGUCGAUUGUGCAGGUCACUCUAAGGUCUGAAACAGUCCCCUCGAGCUUGGUUUGGAAAAUUCAGCACAGUAAUUCAGCAGUUUGGCAUGAUUCGUAGUGGAGCUGAUCACUCAGUGUUUUAUCGACAUUCUCAACCAAAUCUGUGUAUUUAUCUGGUGGUUUAUGUUGAUGAUAUUGUUAUCACCGGCAAUGAUGAAGAUGGUAUCACUAAAUUGAAGCAACAUCCUUUUCAGCAUUUUCAGACCAAAGACCUCGCCAGACUGAAAUAUUUUCUAGGUAUUGACGUUGCUCAGUCCAGUUCAGGUAUUGUUAUUUCUCAACGCAAGUAUGCCUUAGACAUUCUUGAAGAGACAGGAAUGAUAGGAUGUAGACCCAUUGACACUCCUAUGAAUCCAAAUGGUAAACUUCUACCAGGACAGGGGGAGCCACUCAGUGAUCCUGAAAGAUAUAGGCGGUUGGCUAGAAAGUUGAAUUAUCUCACCGUGACAAGUCCUAACAUAUCCUUUCCUGUGAGUGUUGUAAGUCCGUUUAUAACUUCCCCCUGUGAUAGUAAUUGGGAUGCAAUUGUUCGUAUUCUGCGAUAUAUAAAGCCAGCUCCAGGUAAAGGACUACUCUUUGAGGAUCGAGGUCACGAGCAUAUCGUUGGAUACACAGAUGCUGAUUGGGCUGGAUCACCCUCUAAUAAACGUUCUACUUUCGGAUAUUGUGUUUUAGUAGGAGGUAAUUUGGUGUCUUGGAAAAGUAAAAAACAGAGUGUGGUUGCUCGAUCUAGUGCGGAAGCAGAAUAUCGAGCUACUCUUUGAGGAUCGAGGUCACGAGCAUAUCGUUGGAUACACAGAUGCUAAUUAGGCUGGAUCACCCUCUAAUAGACGUUCUACUUCCGGAUAUUGUGUUUUAGUGGGAGGUAAUUGGGUGUCUUGGAAGAGUAAGAAACAGAGUGUGGUUGCUCGAUCUAGUGCGGAAGCAGAAUAUCGAGCAAUGGUUGUAGCAACUUGUGAGCUAGUUUGGAUCAAACAGUUGCUGAGAGAAUUAAAAUUUAGAGAAACCGGUAAGAUGAAACUUGUGUGUGAUAAUCAAGCAGCCCUUCAUUUCGCAUCAAAUCUAGUGUUUCCUGAGAAGACUAAACACAUAGAGAUUGAUUGUCACUUUGUCAGAGAUAAGAUACUCUCAGGAGAUAUUGUUACAAAAUUUGUGAAGUCAAGUGAUCAACUUGCAGACAUCUUCAUUAAGUCCCUCACCGGUCUUCGUAUUAAUUACAUUUGUAACAAGCUAGGUACAUAUGAUUUGUAUGCACCAGCUUGAGGGGAAGUGUUAGAAUAUGAGUAGAAAUAGGAGUAGUAUAUCAAAAUCCUACUUGGAAAAGGAUUUUACUAUAGUAUCUAUAAAUAGGGUCUCUAUGUAAUUAUAUUAACACACAAUUUCAAUAAUACUUUCUCCAUUAAUUCUCACAGUAACAAUAUCAAUAGAGAGCAUCUUUUAACAAAGUGAAAUUCAAUCUCAAUGUACUUAGUCCUCUCAUGAAAUAUAAGAGUUGAUGUGAUAAGAAGAAGGGUUGUUUCAUUAUCAUACACAAGUUCUAUUUAAUUGAUUCUUCAAAUUAUAGUUUUAUAAACAAUUGUUUAAUCCAAACUAGUUCACAGUUACUACAACAAUGAUAGAAACUAGGAUGCAGAAGAGAUAGAGAAGGAAAUAUUACUAGUUAAAGAAAGUGCAAGGAUCUUAAACACUAUACUAACCAAUAACCAAGUCCGUAUGGAGUGGACAAAUCUCCAAAUAUAAAGACAAUGAUAAUAUUUUUCUUCUAUCCUCAGAACUCUACCAGAUUCUCCUAUUUAGACUAAGACAUAAGCAGUUACUGCUGUAGAUAACUACUGGCAACUACUAAUAGAAAACUGCUUCUAUCCUAUCUAAAACUAAGAAACUAAGUUACAUUAUCAUCACAUGCUAAAGCAGCAGUCUUAUCAGUGCCCUGAAAAAUUGCCUUGUCCUCGGGGCGAAAAGGAGAUUGUUUUCUUAUCUUGCAUUAACUCCAAAUAUGCAAAGGUUCCAGGUUUGCAGCGAUGACCUGGGGCAAACUUGUCUCUACAACGAUAGCAUAGGCCUUUUUCUCGGCGAAUUUGUUGUUCAGAAUUUAGAGGACGACUGUUUGGAAGCGAUGAUUGUUGAAAAGAGCGUACUGGUUGACGGGAUGACUGAAAAUUAAAGGAUUCUCGAGUCUUUGGAGAGGAAGUUCCAAUUGAUGAAGGUCUUGAUAUAGAAGGCCAAUCUGUUACCAAACUGGACCGAUUUGGUUCAUGUUUUCCUUCAUAUUCUAAAGCCAGACUCAUUGCCAUAUACACAAAUCAAGGGUUGUGAAUCCUAACGGCCACGCGAAGGUCUUCUUUGAGCCCACUAAGGAAAACUCCAAGCAUACAGUGCUCUGGCCAGUUUUGCACAUGGGCUGCUCGUUUAGCAAAUUCUUGCCUAUACUCAAACACUGAUCCGAUCUGUUAGAGUCCACAUAGGUAUUCAUCUGGAUUUUGAAACUCAGCGGGUCCGAAAUUUUCUUGCACAACGUUAACUAACUCAUCCCAGUAAUAGAUGGUUCUCUCAUUGUUAAUCCAAGCAAAAAGAUCUAGUGCAUCUCCUUCGAAAGACAUUGAAGCCACAUCAACCUUACAAUCAUCAUGUGUUUGAUAAUUUUGAAAAUACUUUUCUGCUUUCAGAAUCCAACCUCUAGGAUCU